AUUCUUCCUCAAGUGACCCGUCGUUAGUCGGAAUUUUGGAACCCCUACCUACCUCUCACUCAGUUGCUUUUGUCCUCCGCUGGCGGCGUUGAAGAGCUGGGCUUCAGGAUACAUACAUACAUCUAUAAUAAUAUUAUAUAUAUACAGCGCCUUCGACAUAUAGAUAUAUACAUCUAUAUUUCGCCAAACCUCCUCCUAAUUCUCACCUUCAGUACUCACCACCAUCGCCUACAAUCAAAAUGACACCAGGCCUAACCCCCCCAACCGCCCCUCUCCACUCCUCUGGCCGUGACCUUGAGGAUAUCUCGGACCAAAUUGACGCUGUCAAUGUCCUCCUCUCGUCCCCCACCCCCACCGCUACCACUACCGCCGCGGGAGACCCCAAACCCAAAGCUAACUUCCGCCAAUAUGUCACCGCCCCGGCGCAAGUCCAGGACUUCUACAAAGAGCAACAUGAGAAGCAGACCCUCAAAUUCAACCUUGCAGCUCGCAACGCCUUCCACUCAAAGGUGCGCGCAAGAAUGGGGAUCUGGGAGGCAAUGGAGAAGUUGAACACAUUGAUAGACGAGAGUGAUCCCGACACCUCCCUCAGCCAGAUCCACCACCUCUUGCAGACGGCCGAGGCGAUGAGACGGGAUGGAAAGCCCAAGUGGAUGCAAGUCACCGGUCUAGUCCAUGACCUAGGAAAGCUCCUCUUCUUCUUCGGAGCCCAGGGUCAAUGGGACGUCGUCGGCGACACCUUCCCAGUCGGUUGUGCCUUCGAUCCGCGCAUUAUCCUCGCCGAGUCCUUCUCCGGAAACCCGGACACCAAGCAUCCCGUCUAUAGCACGGAAAUGGGCAUCUACACCCCGCACUGCGGCCUCGACAACUUGCUCCUGUCCUGGGGCCACGACGAGUACCUCUACCAUGUCGUCAAGGACCAGUCCUCGCUCCCGGAAGAGGCGCUUGCAAUCAUCAGGUACCACUCGUUCUACCCGUGGCAUAGAGAGGGCGCGUACAGGAACUUUAUGAAUGAGAAGGACUGGAGAAUGUUGGAGGCCGUCAAGGAGUUCAAUCCUUACGACCUUUACUCCAAGAGCGAUGCGCCCCCAGUUGUGGAGGAGCUCAAGCCGUAUUAUAUCGAGCUAAUCGACGAAUUCUUCCCCAAGAAGAUCCUCGAUUGGUAA